AUGCUUCUUUUGCCUAGAAAUUUGUCAUCGAAUUCCAUCACCGUUUUGAGUAGUGGAGUAUUCACAGGACUACGAUCUCUUCAAUAUCUGUUUUUAACUGACAACCAUAUCCAUGUCAUCGAAGGGCAUGCCUUUGAAUCCCUGGGGAAUCUCCAGUAUCUGUUCUUUCUUGGCACUGAAUUGGGAGCUGUAGACUCGAAUGCACUUGCUGGACUUGUAUCCUUAGAGAAAAUGUCUACCUCUGACAAUCGCCUGUGUUGUCUUUUAGCGGAAAAUACCACUUGCGCGAGGACAUCCCAGACCAGUCCCUUGGACACCUGUAGCAGAUUAUACCCAAACUUGGCCUUGAGGAUUGCAGGGUGGGUCAUGGGUUUAUUGGCCUUAGCUGGCAACGGCACCGUUCUCUUCCUUCGGCUUCGGGAUAGAACUCACAAGAAAGAUAAGAAGAAAAUGAAAGACACAGUCCAGAAUACCAUGAUAACUAGCUUGGCGAUGGCUGAUAUGUUGAUGGGAGUUUACAUGAUUAUCAUUACGUCUGCCGAUCUUAAGUAUGGCAAUACCUUCUACCUGAGUGCCCUUCAGUGGCGGGAUUCCAACAUGUGUAGAUUUGCUGGAUUUCUAGGAUUCUUAUCCAGUGAAGCAUCGGUUCUGACCCUGACCUUGAUAACCAUUGAUAGGUUCAUAUGCAUCAUGUUUCCAUUCAGGCCAGAGUUUAGACUUGGUCACAAGGGGUCUAUAAUUCUUGUUGCUGCAGCGUGGUCCUUCACUGUAAUGUUGAGUAUCACAUUGGUGAUCGUUACAUCAUACAGACCUGACGUAUACGGACUUUCCGAUGUUUGCCUUGGUCUACCGCUGCAUGUUGAGGCGAAAGAUACUGGAUUUUUGGAAAUCACUGGACAUUUCUUCUUUGAGUACCAAGUAGAUUUCAAAAUCAAUGAAAGCGGUUCUAGGCCUCCAUGGUUGUUUUCCAUAAUAAUUUUCAUUGGCUUCAAUCUAGUGUCUUUCACUUUCAUGUCGAUAUGUUACAUAACGAUGUUUAUCACGUCCAGGCGUUCUUCGGCCAAAGUGCGCAGCAGCAAACCCAAUAGGCAAGAGACUAAACUGGCAGUCCGUAUGGCGAUGAUCGUUGCUACAGACCUUGCUUGUUGGAUGCCAGUCAUCAUCAUGGGUAUCCUGUCUCAGACCGGAGCAGUCACCCUUGAUCCUUCCCUCUAUGCUUGGACAGUGAUUCUCAUCGUCCCUAUCAAUUCAUCAAUCAAUCCGUUCCUAUAUACCUUCAUCGUUUAUAUCGAUGGCAUGAAGGCGAAAAAGAAGACUGGGAUCAAAGACAACAAAAUCAACCUACAAGAGGUUAAAAACGAGGACAGAGGGAACCACCUACCAUCCAACGCAAGUGCUGCUGAAACUCCUGGACCCGGUCUCACAAAGAGUUGCGAUUAAUCAGUACGAUCUCGAGUAUAUGGGAAUCCAUCAAGUGAUAUGAUUCAA